GUGAUACGCAUAAGCAACGAAGUUAAGCCGGAAAGCGUUUGGAUGAGACCCGAGCCGAUAUGAAGCUAUUUGUGACCCUGUUUCUCAUUGCCCUCAUUCCAAAUGGUAAGGAGUUUAUUUAUGAUAAGUGGAGUAUUUCCGCUAUUUCAAUACUGUAACUCUCAGUUUCCAAAACUUUCUGAAAAUCGGUUAUGAAUCGGUGAACAUUCCAGUGCGUCUGUUGUGCGUCUGUAAGGGUCGUUGAAAAGGAUGAUUUGUCUCGAUGUUUUCUGGAUCAGUUGUGUUACCGCUAGCUUUUUUUGAAUUAUAUCAGGAGGUCUCCGUACAGACGUCAGCAUUUUAACUUUCCUUUUAGAUCAGUUUGGAAAAUUGAUGCAUGAAUUACUUCAGUGAAGAAAUAUUCUGGGUCGUGAAUAAAAUGAAUAAAUAAACCUAUAAUACGUCCACUACAUAUUAUGCUGCAUUACUUGUGUUACUUCAAUCGGAAAGACCUCGGAAUUAAGUGAAUCCUAGCAGGCUAGUUCAAUAGCUUUUUCCCUGAGUUUUUACUUUCCUGAAAUAUUUAAACUGGUCAAACCGAGAAGAUACCUCACAUGAGUUAACAACUCGUCAGUCAGUUUUUCGUAGACACAAAAAGUUCGCCCGAGCGUGCAGUGGUGAGUGUACAGUCACUUCCGUGAGGGCUUUCCGAUUGAAUAACAGAAAGCAAAAUAACUGGUUCUUUUGUAGGUCGAUUUAUUGAUAUGAUCUGUUAUUUAUUCGUCACAUACUGACGAGAUUAUUUGUCAACCAUACUAUGGUGUUACUAUUACAAAUGAAACCUCAUCGACAGAACUUUCGCUUACUGCGGAUUACAUGUAUAUCUUUUAAAACGAAAUUUGAUUUUGUUUUUUGGCCAAGAACAGAACACCCACUUUAGUCCGGUCAUUCAAAUUUUGUCGACCCUUUUAGGUAGACAUUAAAACUGAUUCCUGCCAUUUGUUCAUGAUUUGUUGCCACCGAUGACAAUAAUGAAUUUGGAUUGAAACUUGAAAUAACUAAAAUUUUAAUGCUAUGCCUUCAUAAAUUACCCGCAAACAACUUAUUAUGGAAGGAUCCUAUGGGCUCCUGAUCCGAUGAUUAGUGCUCCCUUAUAGAAUUCAGUUGUUUGAUACCUUUUUAAUAACUAUUCAGGACUAUUUCGUGUAUGAGUAAAAGCACUAAUAAGUUAGCACAUAAUUGGCCUAAAACAGCAAUGUCCUCGUGACAUAGCCCCCUUUAUGAUAAGGAGGCUAUUGCUAAGGCUCCUGAUCCGAGGGGGCUGGGGGGGGUACGCAACAAAUGUUUAUACGGGGAUUUUCACGAAAAAGGUACCCCUUUCGUAAACAUUCUAUUGACAAAUCGUACGGAACCCCUUUCACAUACUUUGUUUAGAACUUUGCAUCCCUUUUCACUGCUGUAAAUGCAUUGUCCUUUAAAUAGGAAUCAAUCACAAAAAUAGAACGUUUACUCGACUUUAUGAAGCCUUAAAAUUCAUCUGUUAGCUCAUGUUUUGGGCCCUUUCACGGACCCAAAUGACAGAUUUCCCUAUCCAUUUAUAUAUAUAACUAGUGAACUCCCUACCCUUUCACACACCUGAGGCUUGAAAAAGGUACCCCUUUCGGGUGGAGCCUCCCCGUAUAGGCCAUCAUAGGUAGUACCCUCCCCCCCUUCCCCGGGCUCCUGAUAAGCAUAGUAACUGUAUUAAGUACAACACUGAUAUUACACCAAAAGAGGAUAAAGCUUUAUCCUCUCUUGUAUUACACUGUAUUAUUGACAAUAAGUCUAGUGUUAUAAAAGGCACCGUAAAGAUUAGCGGCCAUUAAAGAAACCGUAUGUACUAUGUCACGUAAUUUAUCAAAAUUUAAAGAGUAGACUGCCAAAUGAUUAAGUGAAACCAAGAGAUAACGAUUAUCUCUUGGUGAAACAACAAUAACUGCUCGAACUGUUAACAAACUAGGCAUAAAUAGCACGUCAUAAAAUGUAAAAAAGGCCGAACGGAAGGACAAAUUUGAAGGAUAUUGAAACGGAUUGCAAUUGUGGUUUUUGAAAACUUGUCAGCCUGAUAGAUUUUCAAAGUUCAAUUUUGUUGCUUUUAUCGUUUGAUGUAUUUUUUGGGAGACAUAUUUGUUUGACACGAAACUAUGAUUUAGUCAUUUACAAGUACGUUUUUCGUUCCAUAAAUGCAAACAAGGACGCGUAAAUCUCAUUAUCAGCAAUAUGAACUAUACAAUAGUGGCCCAGCCCAUUAACUAUAAGCCUUAUCUCAGGUGCAAUGUUGUUAUACUCAGUCUUGUCUGUCUUGAACAUAACUUAGAAACAUUUCAGCUCAGGGACUGCAGCAAUUUUUGGUCAUGCAGUUCAUUCGUGAAAAGCUUGGCUGAUCGAAAUCAUUUCCACCUUACCCGCAGUCUUACUAAUCUGCAAAUGCCUGAUGAAAAAAAUAAAAAGAGAAAUUCCAAAUCCAGUCUCACGGCAGACCCCCCAUUUUCUCCGGCCUGAUAUUAAAUAACUAUUCAGGACUAUUUCGUGUAUGAGUAAAAGCACUAAUAAGUUAGCACAUAAUUGGCCUAAACCAGCAAUGUCCUCUUGACAUAGCCCCUUUAUUGUAAGGAGGCUAUUGCUAAGGCUCCUGAUCCGAGGGGGCUGGGGGGAUACGCAACAAAUGUUUAUACGGGGAUUUUCACGAAAAAAGGUACCCCUUUCGUAAACAUUCUAUUGACAAAUGGUACGGAACCUCUUACACAUCCUUUGCUUAGAACUUUGCAUCCCUUUUAACUGUUGUAAAUCUACUGUCCUUUUAAAUAAGGAAUCAAUCACAAAAAUAGAACGUUUACUCGACUUUAUGAAGCCUUAAAAUUCAUCAGUAAGCUCAUGUUUUGGGUCCUUUCACGGACCAGAAUGACAGAUUUCUCUACCCUUUUAUAUAUACAACUAGUGAACUCCCUACCCUUUCAUAUACCUGAGGCCUGAAAAAGGUACCCUUUUCGGGUGGAGCCUCCCCGUAUAGGCCAUCAUAGGGAGUACCCUCCCCCCCCUCCCCGGGCUCCUGAUAAGCAUAGCAACUGUAUUUAGUACAACACUGAUAUUACAUCAAGAGAGGAUAAAGCUUUAUCCUCUCUUGUAUUACACUGUAUUAUUGAGAAUAAGUCUAGUGUUAUAAAAGGUACCGUAAAGAUUAGUGGCCAUUAAAGAAACUGUAUGUACUAUGUCACGUAAUUUAUCAAAAUUUAAAGAGUAGACUGCCACAUGAUUAAGUGAAACCAAGAGAUAACGAUUCUCUCUUGGUGAAACAAAAAUAACUGCUCGAACUGUUAACAAACUAGGCAUAAAUAACACGUCAUAAAAUGUAAAACAGGCCGAACGGAUGGACAAAUUUGAAGGAUAUUGAAACGGAUUGCAAUUGUGGUUUUUGAAAACUUGUCAGCCUGAUAGAUUUUCAAAGUUCAAUUUUGUUGCUUUUAUCGUUUGAUGUAUUUUUUGGGAGAGAUAUUUGUAUGACACAAAACUGUGAUUUAGUCAUUUACAAGUACGUUUUUCGUUCCUUAAAUGCAAACAAGGACGCGUAAAUCUCAUUAUCGGCAAUAUGAACUAUACAAUAGUGGCCCAGCCCAAUUAACUAAGCCUUAUCUCAGGUGCAAUGUUGUUAUACUCAGUCUUGUCUGUCUUAAACAUAACUUAGAAACAUUUCAGCUCAGGGACUGCAGCAAUUUCUGGUCAUGCAGUUCAUUCGUGAAAAGCUUGGCUGAUUGAAAUCAUUUCCACCUUACCCGCAGUCUUACUAAUCUGCAAAUGCCUGAUGAAAAAAAUAAAAAGAGAAAUUCCAAAUCCAGUCUCACGGCAGACCCCCCAUUUUCUCCGGCCUGAUAUUAUUUUGAUUAUAAAAAUACGAAGAAAAAAAAAAACAAAAACAAUAGUUAUUGAUUGAUAUUGUCAUAGAAAAUUCAGUCGGUGUUGUGUCUUCAGUGUGUGUCUUUUCAGUGUCUUUACGCCUACCUGACUGGGAACACGAAGCAGGGGUAUAAUUCUCUUCCCGUGAUAAAGAGUCAAGACGGAAAAUCACUUCUCCCACUUUACGCUUAUUUAUUUAUUUUUAAAUAUUUUUUUUCAGAUUUUGCUUUAAAAUGCCACUAUUGCACAAGUACAAAGUCAUGGGAAGACUGCAAGGAUGGUUUAUCCACCAAAGACUGCUCUUUUAAGGACGCAGUUUGCUACAAGGUUCAUUACUCGACAAAGGAGGGCGGUUUUAACCAGUAUGCAAAGUCAUGUGGACCGAAAAGCUACUGCAAGAAGGAAGCAAAUCCCGUUUGUAAAAAACAUCUCGGGCCUUCAGACUGUGAUAUUAAUUGCUGUGAUGAGAACUUGUGUAACGCCGGCUCAGUCAUUACUGGUAAUGGAGCUCUCUUUGCAACGACAACAGGCGUUCUACUUGUGAUACGUUUAGUAAUGUGA